CAACCGUUGAUUCUGCAGAGUUGUAAUUUGUGGACACCGUAAUUCGCGUGUUUACGUUAUUUAAGUCUCCAACUUUCGUUGUUACCAAAAAAGUCUCGAACUUUCUUAAUUCUUACUCCGAGAUUGUCCCAAAUUCUCGUCACCGGAUCGUUCGGGCAUUGUUUUCUGCAACAGAGAAUUUGUGCAUAAAGAAAGCUCUGACUCAUCACAAAGACUUUUUCUGAGGCAACUUGGCAUGGGAGUUGUGACGGUGUCUAGCUCAGCUUCAAGGACUCCAUUAGGAUUGAGCACGAAAUUGACAAGUCAGAGAUCUACGUUGAGAAAGCCAUUGAUUGUUGCAUUUAAAACAGAUGAAGCAAAUAAGACCGCCUUGGUUGCACCCCAGGAGAAAAUACCAUUGCCUAUAGAAAAGUCUGCCACUACAGAUGUAGCUUCUCCUUGUACCUUGGAAGUGGAUUACAAUGAAGCUGCUGCCAAACUGGAAAACUUAUACAAGCGUAGCCCCGAGACUGAAGCCAAUUCAGAUGUGGAAGAUGUAGAUGGCUUGAUGAGAAGAGGUCGCAAAAGGAGGAAGAAGACAAGUGAAAGUGAUGCUGACAAAGAAGAGAACAGAACAAGUAACACUGUGGUUAGGAACAGGACAAAGAAGGCUAAAAGAUUGAGUCUUGAUAAAAGGGUUACAUUGAAAUGGAAUAAGGAUGAGAAAGUGAUUGCUUCCAUAGUUCGAAAGAGAAAAAGUAGAAAGAACGAAAAUGAGAAGAUUGAGGAGCUUGUAAGGGAGUAUUCGGCUUCAACUGAUCUGGUUAGUUUGGACUGGAAAAAGAUGAAGAUUCCUCCAGUUCUUACAUCCUCAGAGCAUGCUUGGUUGUUCAAGCUAAUGCAACCUAUGAAGGGUCUUCUUGAAGUGAAAGAGAAUUUACAAAAAGAUUUGGGGAGAGAACCAACCAAUGGUGAAUUAGCUGAGGCGACAAAUAUGAGUGUGGUUCAAGUGAAAAAACAUUUGGAAGUUGGUCGAGCUGCACGAAGCAAGCUCAUCAAGCAUAAUCUCCGACUUGUGUUAUUUGUCAUGAACAAAUAUUUUCAAGACUUCGCAAAUGGCCCAAAAUUUCAAGACCUUUGCCAGGCAGGAGUGAAGGGACUUAUUACAGCAAUUGAUCGCUUUGAACCAAAAAGAAGUUUCCGGCUUUCCACAUAUGGUCUGUUCUGGAUCAGGCAUGCCAUCAUACGCUCCAUGACACUCUCAAGCUUUACUCGUGUCUCAUUUGGCCUUGAAUCAGUUAGGGCGGAAAUCCAAAAGGCUAAGCUUGGGAUGUUGUUUGCACUUAAAAGAAUGCCAACAGAGGACGAGAUAAUUGAAAAGGUUGGAAUUUCCCCUGAGAGGUACCAUGAAGUAAUGAGGGCGUCAAAACCUGUUUUCUCUCUUCAUUCAAGGCAUACAACCACACAAGAGGAGUUUAUAAAUGGUAUUACUGAUGUUGAUGGUGUAGAGGGUGAUAACCGGCAGAAACCUGCUCUUCUCAGGCUUGCUCUUGAUGAUGUGCUUGAUUCACUGAAGCCCAAAGAGAGCUUGGUGAUCAGACAGAGAUACGGGCUUGAUGGUAAGGGCGAUAGAACGUUAGGGGAGAUUGCUGGAAACUUGAAUAUUUCAAGAGAAAUGGUUCGAAAGCAUGAAGUUAAGGCUCUUAUGAAGCUGAAGCAUCCAGCUCGGGUAGAUUAUCUUCGCAGAUACGUAGUAUAAAGCGGUCAACACAGCAUGAUCUCCUUAAAAAAAUCUUCUACCUUUGGAUAUUUGAAAUGCUGUAUGCUAGUCAUCUGUACCAUAGGCUUUUAACUAGGCCAAAGUAAGGCUGUAAGAAAUUUCAAAAAAGUAAAACAGUAAACAUAGAGUUCU